GUCUUCUUCGUCUCCUUCUUCCUCUUCUUCCUCUUCUUCACCAUAGCCAUCUCAUCUUCAAACCAAAUAAAUGACUGCAUGUUACUGUCAAUCCGGUGCAGCGAUAGUGGUCCUGACAUUCGAUUUCCUUUCUGGAUAAAGGGCCGGCAGCCCCAGCACUGUGGCUAUUCCGGCUUUGCGGUAUCUUGCACCGCCACCAACGAAACUCUGCUCGAGCUUCCAUUUUCGGGUUCUUUCUUUGUAAACAACAUUAACUAUGUAUCACAGACAGUGGGUCUAUAUGACCCACAUGGCUGCCUUCCUCAAAGGCUUCUUCAGCUCAAUUUAUCCGCUUCUCCCUUUCUUAACUUUCCUCAAGAUUCUCAACAAGCUUAUGAGUAUAUUGAUCAGGAAAGUGUCACUUUCUUCAAUUGUUCAACAACAAAAACAGAACGACAUUCUCGUUUCUUUGCUGUGCCGAUUAAAGAUUAUCUGAUUUUCUGCCUUGGCGUCCCUGGGCACCAAGUUUAUGCCUUACCCUCAUUUCUCUCUCUAUCAGACCUGGCCUUGCCGUUUUGCCAAAAAAUUAAGAACUUCUCUUAUCUGAGGUCAUUGGAUCUGGUUAAUCUUCUUAGAAUUAGUGACCCACGUUUUUAUCUCCUACUGAGUUGGUCCCAACCAUCGUGUGGAAGUUGUGAAGCAAACAGAGAAUAUUGCAGAUUGAAGAACACUAACACAAGUGGACCUGAUGAAACUGAAUGCUUUACCCUCCCCAAAUCUCCUUCACCACCAGCAUUGGAUGAAUCUGCUAAGAAAGUGAUUACAGGCGUAACCACAGGCACCUUUCUUCUUGUUGUGGCAAUAAUGCUGUCCAUCAAACAAUACUGUGACUACAAAUCAGAUAGAAUUGAAAAAGAGAACCAAGUGAGGAUUCUUAAGUUCUUAGAUGACUACAAAUCCCUCAAGCCCUCAAGGUACACCUUUGCUGACAUUAAGAGGAUUACAAAUCAAUUUAAGGAAAAACUGGGACAAGGAGGUUAUGGUAGUGUGUACAAAGGAAAGCUUUCCAAUGAAAUUCUAGUUGCUGUUAAGGUCUUCAACAAUUCCACCGGAGAUGGAGAGGAUUUCAUUAAUGAAGUUGGCAUCAUUGGUAGGAUUCAUCACAUAAAUGUGGUUCGCCUAGUUGGUUUUUGCGCAGAUGGAUAUAGACGAGCUCUUAUCUAUGAAUUUUUGCCAAAUGAGUCACUAGAGAAGUUCAUCUUUUCAAGAGAUACUAAGAGACCAGUCCUUGGUUGGGAGAAACUUCAAGAUAUAGCUAUUGGCAUAGCCAAAGGAAUAGAAUACCUUCAUCAAGGGUGUGAUCAACGUAUACUUCAUUUCGAUAUUAAACCUCAUAAUAUCUUAUUAGAUGACAACUUCAACCCUAAGAUCUCUGAUUUUGGUCUUGCAAAAUUAUUUUCCAAGGAUGAGAGUGCCAUCUCCAUGACUACAGCAAGAGGGACAAUAGGAUAUAUUGCCCCUGAAGUGUUUUCUAGGAACUUUGGUCACGUUUCUCAUAAAUCAGAUGUUUAUAGUUUUGGAAUAAUGUUGCUUGAAAUGGUUGGUGGGAGGAAGAACAUUGACAACACUAUAGCGAAUGCUGGCCAGGUGUACUUCUCCCAAUGGAUCUAUAAUCAUCUGAGUCAUGGGAAAGAGUUGGAAAUCAGGAUAGAUGAAGAUGGAGAUGUUGGUAUCGCUAAGAAGCUAACAAUUGUGGCACUUUGGUGUAUCCAGUGGUACCCAGUUGAUCGUCCUUCAAUGAAAGUAGUGGUUCAGAUGUUGGAAGGAGACAGAGAGAGCUUGAUCAUGCCACCCAAUCCUUUUAACUCUACAAUGCCUUCAAAUAAUAAUGUAGCUAAUAGUGAAAGUCCCCUAUGCACGAAGUUAUCAAUCAUCUCUCAAUAAGGGUUUAGAGACAAUAUGUU